AUGGAAGCAAGCAAUGAAAGUUCAACAACAGACUUCAUUCUUCUGGGGUUUUCUAAUUGGCCUCAACUAGAGCACAUCAUCUCUGGGGUUGUUUGCAUCUUCUACCUUGUGACUCUAGUAGGAAACACAACCAUCAUUCUUGUGUCCUAUCUAGACACUCACCUCCAUACUCCCAUGUAUUUCUUCUUAUCCAAUUUGUCCUUUUUGGACCUCUGCUAUACAACUAGCAUUGUGCCCCAGAUGCUGGUGAAUCUUUGGGGCCCUAAAAAGUCCAUUACUUAUGGAGGCUGUGUGCUGCAAUUCUUCUUUGCCCUUGACUUGGGAGCCACAGAAUGUCUCCUCCUGGCUGUGAUGGCCUAUGACCGCUAUGCCGCUGUCUGCCAACCUCUUCACUACACAGUCAUCAUGCACCCUCAGCUCUGCCAGAACAUGGUGCUGACCUCCUGGAUAGGUGGUCUGGGAAGUGCUUUACUGCUUUGUUCCCUGACUAUGAAGUUGCCAAGAUGUGGGCAACGGGAAGUGGACAGCUUUUUCUGUGAGAUGCCAGCAUUGAUCAAAAUGGCUUGUGUCUAUUCAAAAGUACUUGAGAUUGUUGUCUUUACUCUUGGAGUAGUAUUUCUUCUAGUACCUCUCUCACUCAUCCUCAUCUCAUAUGGAGUCAUCACUCAAGCUGUCAUGAGGAUCAAGUCAGCAGGAAAAUGGCAUAAGAUCCUCAAUACUUGUGGUUCCCACCUCACAGUUGUAACUCUGUUUUAUGGAACAGCUAUUUAUAUGUACAUGAAACCACAGAAUAAUAGCACCUCCCUAGAUGAGGGCAAGUUCCUUACACUCUUUUACACAAUCAUUACACCCAGCCUUAACCCACUGAUCUAUACUUUAAGAAACAAAGAUGUAAAGAGUGCAAUAAAAAGAAUGCUAUAUAUUUUUUUAAAUGGACAGAAAAGUUGUGAGUCAGGUGGAAACACAUGA